UGCAAGUGUCUCGCUGGCCGGCUGCAUCGGGCUCCGCGAUUUUACAAGAAAAACCAGGUAUUUCCGAUUGGCCAUGUCUAAAUUGUAGCUGGGGUUGUUUUUUAGCGCAUAGGGACCGUAUUUGACGGAAAAACCGGGGCAAAAAGGGGUUCAAUUUGUGAUUUUUCCGCGAUUGCCUUGUUGCCGGGUGUUGGGCCCAAUAUGGCGUGGGCUCAUACCCGCUGAGCGCCGGCCAUGCCCAAAACGCGCAAGGGCACGAACGCGUCGCCGUCUCGCUCCCCCCCCGCGGCCCUCGGCCGCUGGGGAGUCGCCCCGCUCGCGGGGACCCGAUUUUUCGGAGGACGGCGACGCGGCCGUCGCUCGCUUUUCUGCUCUCGUUGAUCAGCUGCAGGCUGCUGAAGAUCAACCCCUGACUGGCGAUGACGACAGGGACGAGGUGAUGUCCGAGGCCUCGGCGAAAACCGCUGUGACGGCCGUGGAGGCAGCGGAACCUCACGCGGUCUUGCUCCGGUCGCAGAAGGACCUAGCGGAGAUCGAGCGCGCGGUCCUCGAGUUCGUGAAUCUGCCGGCCAACCGAAUCACCAUGGAGGCGCGCACCUUCUUCGUGGCCAAGCUCUUGCAGUCGGCCGCCGUUUGCUCGCGCGUGGCGUGGGAGGCGUCCAAGCAGGCUGCGAUGGCCUACUUACUGCAGGAGCAGCUCGCCGAGGCGCGGCGGGAAGCGGCCGAGUUGCGGAGGCGCCUGGCGGUCGCCGAGGCCCGGCUGGACGGACUGGCGGGCUCGGUGGACGGCCCGGGGCGUGCCGGCCGUGGUCCUGCCGCGCCCGCGGGUGGCGUUCCUGCGCCCUCGGGCGCUGGCGGCUCGGCGGGGUCGCCAGCCGGCCGCAUGGAUUACGCGGCCGCUUUGAGGGCGGGCCUUGCGCCCUCUGCUGGCGCGGACUGCGGCGGACCCGGUGGUGCUGCGGCGGCGGACGCCGAGGCGGGGAGGCCCGGCGCGCUGCACAAGGACGUCACCUUUCUGACACCGGUUUCGACGAUCGCGACGCCGGCGAGGGAUGUGCUCCGCCUUCAGAAAUCCAACGUGGACCCGCACGCCAAGAACAUCAGAGACGUGACGCUUCAUCACACCAGAAUAGCAGAUCUCCUACAAGAACCACAAUCGACGCAGCCAGCACGAGGCAGUGUGUACUGCCUUCCAGCUGUACCACCAGACAUCCUGAUGAUGGCACAAAGGCACCAGGCUGGGAAGCACUUUGCAGGUCGCCAGAGGAUUCUACAGUGGCUGCACCAUGACCUCUACUUAUAUGAUAUGUACCCAGGGAGGUUAUAUACCGAGGCAGCACGGGCACUGACUACCAAAUUCCCCAACCUGGCUGAUGCCACGGGGACCGGCUAUGAUUCAUGGCGAGAAGCUUUAAGGUACAAAGCUAAAUAUGAAAGAAAGAAGGUCCGAGCACUGACCAAAGAAGAUACCGAAAAUUUGCAGCCAAGAAAGAGGGCUGCAGUGGAGGAAUGUGCUGGCCCUGUACGGUGUGAAAGACCAUGUACGGCAGCUGCCAUGGCCGAAGGUGAAGAUGUGGAGUCAAUUGCCUCUCACAUUUCGGCCAUGGCGAAAGAAUCUUCAAAGGCCAGGCCAGACAUGGCCUACAUUGAAGAUUCGAUGAAGAGAACAUUGGCCACCAGAAGAGAGUGGGUGGCGAAAGAGAGCCCGUCUGUUGCGGAGAUGCUGGAGAAGUAUCCUGUGCUCUCCAUCAGCUCCAUUGUGCAGCUGGAAUUCAGGCUGUUAACAAACACUCCCAUAAUGCCCAAGCUGGAGCAAGUGCUGCAACCUGUUGCCGAAAAAAUAAUCAAGACAGCGAGGAAAAAGCGGCACACAGAAAAUAUUUUUGAAGAAUUUGAUACCCUAAUGAAUGCUUCCACCGAAGAUGCUGCAGGAGAGCUGACGCUCACUGCUGCUCUUUGUGUUCUCCCUACGCUGGUGAAAGAGAGAGUUGAUGCAUUGACCUGCCAUUUUGACCCUGCCAAGGUACAUUAUGUACCUACGGUGACGUUUGUUGGGAGCCUGUUGACGGCGAAAGAAUUCACCGUGCGUCUGGAGGGCAUUUCCAUUGAAGAAAAUACGCUGUUGGAAGCCAUUGCGACCCAAAUGGCCCUGUACUGGGUGCUGAACAUUGCUUUCCAGAAGAAAGCACAAAGAACUUUUCAUCUUUUAUGUGAAUUACUUGGAGUUUCAAGUGGUCUACGGGAUACACCACUCGUCCGUGUAGCUCACACACUUUUGAGCCAGUGAGCCUCUCGUGCCAGUGAGAGGCUCACUCUUUAUAAGUGGUCAUAGUCAUAGUCAUACUAGUCGUAAUACUAGUCAAUAAAGUAUUUUGGC